AUGCCUGGCGUAACCAUGUCGUUCAGUAACAUGUCGUGCUCCCGCUGCGGGGACGGCUUCGACCCUCACGACAAAAUUGUCAACUCGCAGGGUGAGUUGUGGCAUCCGCAGUGUUUUGUAUGCUCUCAGUGUUUCCGGCCAUUCCCUGAUGGUCUGUUCUACGAAUUUGAAGGUCGCAAAUACUGCGAACAUGACUUUCAAGUACUGUUCGCACCCUGCUGUGGCAAAUGCGGUGAAUUUGUCAUCGGCCGUGUCAUCAAGGCAAUGUCUGCUUCUUGGCAUCCGGCUUGCUUCUGCUGCGCAGUGUGCAACAAAGAACUAGCUGACCGUGGUUUUGUUCGUAACCGUAAUAGAGCUCUGUGUCACGAAUGUAAUGCUGCAGACAAAGCGGUUUUGUCUGGUAGACACAUAUGUUUCAAGUGCCAUGGUGUUAUCGAUGACAAACCAUUACGGUUCAGAGGCGAGGUCUAUCACGGGUAUCAUUUCAAUUGCACGGCUUGUGGAGUCGAACUGAAUUCAGAUGCUCGUGAAUUGAAACAUAGAUCUGGUUAUACAGCUAAUGAAAUGAAUGAGUUGUACUGUUUGCGAUGUCAUGACAAGAUGGGUAUUCCAAUUUGUGGUGCAUGCCGGCGACCCAUUGAAGAACGUGUUGUAACAGCACUAGGAAAACAUUGGCAUGUAGAACAUUUUGUUUGUGCAAAGUGUGAAAAACCGUUUUUGGGUCAUAGGCAUUAUGAAAGAAAAGGUCUGGCUUAUUGUGAAACUCAUUAUCAUCAACUAUUUGGUAACUUAUGCUUUGUAUGCAAUCAAGUAAUUGGUGGUGAUGUGUUUACUGCUCUGAACAAAGCUUGGUGUGUGCAUCACUUUGCAUGUUCAUUCUGUGAUCAAAAAAUGACACAAAAGACAAAAUUCUAUGAAUGUGACUUAAAACCAGCAUGUAAGAAGUGCUACGAAAAGUUUCCAUCAGAAUUCAGACGUAGAUUACGCAAAGCAUAUGAUAAUACACCAAAAAAAUCGACAUCUGCUUGA